AUGGGAAUUUGCCUAUCUUGUUUUUUCGGAAAGAGGUCGAGGGGUGGAUUGUAUGAACCUUUGUUACUGGAGAACGAACGUGAAGCUGUGGCUGAUUUACUAACAUAUCUAGAAAAUCGUGCGGAUACCAAUUUCUUCGAAGGAGAUCCAUUACGUGCGCUUUCGACAUUAGCAUAUUCUGACAACGUGGAUUUACAGCGGUCUGCAGCAUUAGCCUUUGCGGAGAUAACUGAAAAAGAUGUCAGGGAAGUGGACCGCGAAACUAUGGAACCAAUAAUGUAUCUUCUUCAGUCUCAUGAUGUAGAAGUUCAAAGGGCAGCGUCGGCAGCACUGGGGAACCUGGCAGUAAACACUGAGAAUAAACUGCUCAUAGUUCAAAUGGGUGGAUUGGAGCCAUUGAUUCGUCAAAUGUUAUCGCCAAACGUCGAAGUUCAAUGUAACGCUGUAGGAUGCAUUACUAAUUUGGCGACGCAUGACGAAAAUAAGUCAAAGAUUGCAAAAUCAGGCGCACUGGUUCCACUUACACGUUUGGCUCGUUCGAAAGAUAUGCGUGUUCAAAGGAACGCAACGGGAGCUUUGUUAAAUAUGACGCAUUCAGAUGAAAAUAGGCAACAACUUGUUAACGCUGGUGCAAUACCUGUUCUAGUUGGUCUCUUGAAUUCACCAGAUACAGAUGUUCAAUAUUAUUGCACUACUGCACUUAGUAACAUCGCUGUUGAUGCGAUGAAUAGAAAGAAACUUGCUUCGUCUGAAACAAGGCUUGUUCAAUCUUUAAUUGGGUUAAUGGACUCUACUUCAUUGAAGGUGCAAUGUCAAGCCGCAUUAGCAUUGAGAAAUCUAGCAUCUGAUGAAAAAUAUCAACUUGAAAUAGUUCGUUCUCGUGGACUACCACCACUACUUCGAUUACUUCAAUCAUCUUUCCUACCUCUAAUUCUCUCUUCGGUUGCAUGUAUUCGUAAUAUAUCCAUUCACCCGCUUAAUGAAUCACCUAUAAUCGAUGCAGGAUUUUUGUCUCCAUUAAUUCAACUUUUGGCGUAUGAAGAAAAUGAAGAGAUUCAAUGUCAUGCGAUUAGCACGUUAAGAAAUUUAGCUGCUAGCGCUGAAAGAAACAAAAGGGCAAUUGUGGAUGCAGGAGCCGUUGAACGAAUCCGGGAAUUAGUAUUAAGUGUCCCAAUGAGUGUACAAAGUGAGAUGACCGCUUGUGUGGCUGUUUUGGCGUUAAGCGAUGAAUUGAAGCCGCGACUGUUAAAACUUAACAUAUGCCAAGUAUUACUUCCUUUGACAAAUUCUUCGAGUGUUGAGGUGCAAGGCAACAGUGCUGCAGCUAUUGGAAAUUUAUCAUCAAAAGUUCAAGAUUAUUCACCAUUUGUUAAAGUCUGGGAACAACCUGCCGGUGGUCUACAUGGAUAUUUGCAACGCUUUUUGGACAGUACAGAUAAAACAUUCCAGCAUAUUGCUAUUUGGACAAUUGUUCAAUUUCUGGAAGGAAGAGAUUCACAGUUAUUCACAAAUAUAAAAUCAUCGAAUACUAUUGUGUCUGCUAUAAAUCGUCUUGCAGAAUAUGGUGUUACUCCUGAUGGUGAGGAACCUUUGGAUGAUGACGAUGAUUCAGACGAAGGGGAGAUUGUGGCUUUGGCUCGAAAAACCUUGGCUAUGACGAGGGUUGUUAUUUCCGAUCUGCCAUCUAUUUCUCCACCAGAUUUUGAUUUUUGA